AUGCAGAGCUUCAAUCGCAAGUCGGAUUUGCAAAGGCAUUACCGCAUUCACACCAAUGAGCGGCCCUACCAGUGCAACACGCCUGGCUGCGGCAAAAGCUUCAUCCAGCGCAGUGCUCUGACUGUCCAUAUCCGCACACACACGGGGGAGAAACCACACAUGUGUCAGCAUGCUGGAUGCAACAAGCGCUUCUCUGAUUCGUCGAGUUUGGCUCGCCACCGCCGUAUUCAUACCGGAAAGCGGCCGUACAAGUGUGCCCACGAUGGCUGCUUGAAGAGCUUCUGCCGCAAGACGACUAUGGUUAAGCACCAACGGCGAUCGCACCAGCGCGGCAUCCACUCGUCUGAAUUGGACGACUGUACCUCGGAAUCUGGCAGCGAUGAGUCGCCAUCGACGCCCAAGAGCAAUACCAUGUACUGGUCGCCACCGCAGGGCUUGGCCGUUGGCCCUAUGGUGCAGCAUCCGGGCCAUGCCGUCCACCGUGCGGCAUCUUUUGCCGACUUCGGCCAGCACGUUAACUACGACAUGGCACCAUACGCCUCGGCCCAUCGCCACAGCAUUUCGACUGCGCCAAACGACUUCAACGGGCAACCAGUGCACCAUCCAAAUGCCGCCAACGCUUCUGCUGCCGGUGUCGCCAUUGUCUCUACAGCCAUGGCGCCGCACAACGCCGGGAUGACGAUUCUGCACCGGACGGGCAGCAUGCCCCAACAUCCGUAUUAUGUGACUGAUCAGAAUAACCCGGGCGUUGCGACGAUGAAUCCGAAUGCCCACCUCACGGCUCAGUAUCACCAGAUGCCACGACAGUCGCUAGAGCGUGUGGCCAUGGACAUCCCGUACUCGACGACGCCUGGCCUGGCUACAUCUAUACAGAGUAGCCCUAGCAGCUACUCUACUGCUGGUCGCAGCCCGUCCACCCAAGACAGCUUCUACACACACCAGGCAACACAAGCAGCAACCUAUGCGCUGCAUUCCGCGUCACCGAUCGAGAACCAGGCCACGCUCGGUCACUACCCGCCACAUCAGGGACCACAGCAAGGCACCCAGGCACAUCAUGCUGCUGCCCAGACAGCGCCGGGCGCCCACGAACAAUAUGUACAGCACCAUCAGCCGCAAUCGCAGAUGCCACAACCGCAGAUAACACACUCGCAGCCGCAAUCACAUGUGGUUGAGGAGCAGUGGUACAACGGGGUGCCGUAUCAGCAGCCGGUCGAGGUGCCGCAGAUGCCGCAGCUUUCGGCCUACGGCUCGACGGUGUAUGAUCCGUGGGGCGACGCCAAGAUCGAAUUCGAAACCGCGGGCAUACAGAUGCCGAGUGCGCGCAUCGAGCAGAUGUAG